CUCAGAUAUACUGAGUGUGCCCUGAGAAGCAGUCUCAGAUCCUGACGGUGCAGCAGCCCGCAGCCUCAGCCAGGGAGUCCCAGCCGCUUUCAAUGGAGGAGAAGCCCGGCCAGCCACAGCCUCAGCACCAUCACAGCCACCACCAUCCGCACCAUCACCCCCAGCAGCAGCAGCAGCAGCAGCAGCAGCAGCAGCUGCCGCACCACCACCACCAUUAUUAUUUCUAUAACCACAGCCACAACCACCAUCACCACCACCAUCACCAGCAGCCUCACCAGUACCUGCAGCAUGGAGCCGAGGGCAGCCCCAAGGCCCAGCCUAAGGCGCUGAAACAUGAGCAGAAACACGCCCUCCAGCAGCACCAGGAAACGCCGAAGAAGAAAACAGGCUAUGGUGAACUAAAUGGUAAUGCUGGAGAAAGAGAAAUAUCUUUAAAGAGCCUGGGUUCUGAUGAAGCUACCAACCCUAUUUCCAGGGUCCUCAAUGGCAACCAACAAAUUGUAGACACUAAUCUGAAGCAGACUGUAAAGGCCAGCACCUUUGGGAAAACAGGAAUUAAAACCAGGAAUUUCAUUCAGAAGAACAGUAUGGACAAAAAGAAUGGGAAGUCUUAUGAAAAUAAAUCUGGAGAGAACCAGUCUGCAGAGAAGACCGAUACUGUAGCAAUUCCAAAUGGUGUUGUAACAAAUAAUUCUGGCUAUAUUACUAAUGGUUAUAUGGGCAAAGGAGCAGAUAAUGAUGGUAGUGGAUCUGAGAGCGGAUAUACCACUCCAAAAAAAAGGAAAGCUAGGCGCAAUAGUGCCAAGGGAUGUGAAAACCUUAAUUUAGUGCAGGACAAAAUAAUGCAACAAGAGACCAGUGUCCCAACCUUAAAACAGGGACUUGAAACUUUCAAGCCUGACUACAGUGAACAAAAGGGAAACCGAGUAGAUAGUUCGAAGCCCAUUUGGAAGUAUGAAACUGGGCCUGGAGGAACAAAUCGAGGAAAACCUGCUGUGGGUGACAUGCUGCGGAAAAGCUCUGAUAUCAAACCUGGUGUGAGCGGCAAAAAGUUUGAUGACCGGCCCAAAGGAAAGCAUGCUUCUGCUGUUACCUCCAAAGAGGACUCUUGGACCCUGUUUAAACCACCCCCAGUUUUUCCAGUGGACAAUAGCAGCGCUAAAAUAGUUCCUAAGAUAAGUUAUGCAAGCAAAGUUAAGGAAAACCUCAACAAAACUGUACAGAACUCUUCUGUGUCGCCAUCUUCAUCUUCAUCCUCUUCGUCAUCUGCUGGGGAGACUCAGACCCAGUCUUCAAGUCGGUUAUCCCAGGUCCCUAUGUCAGCGCUGAAAUCUGUUACUUCGGCCAGCUUUUCUAAUGGGCCUGUUUUAGCAGGGACUGAUGCAAGUGUGUAUUCUCCAGGGGGUCAGCCACUGUUAACUACUGCUGCUAAUACUCUAACACCCAUCUCUUCUGGGACUGAUUCAGUUCUCCAGGACAUGAGUCUGACUUCAGCAGCUGUUGAACAAAUUAAAUCUAGCCUUUUCAUCUAUCCUUCAAAUAUGCAAACUGUGCUGUUGAGCACAGCACAAGUGGAUCUACCCUCUCAGACAGAUCAGCAAAACCUGGGGGAUAUCUUCCAGAAUCAGUGGGGUUUAUCAUUUAUAAAUGAGCCCAGUGCUGGCCCUGAGACUGUUAUUGGGAAGUCAUCAGAUCAUAAAGUGAUGGAGGUGACAUUUCAAGGGGAAUAUCCUGCCACUUUGGUUUCACAGGGUGCUGAAAUAAUUCCCUCAGGAACUGAGCAUCCUGUGUUUCCUAAGGCAUAUGAGCUGGAAAAACGGACUAGUCCUCAAGUUUUGGGUAGCAUUCUAAAAUCUGGGACUACUAAUGAGAGUGGAGCCUUAUCCUUGGAACCCAGUCAUAUAGGUGACCUGCAGAAAGCAGACACCAAUAGUCAAGGUGCUUUAGUGUUUCUCUCAAAGGACUACGAGAUAGAAAAUCAAAAUCCUCUGGCGUCUCCUACGAACACUUUGUUAGGCUCCGCCAAAGAACAGAGAUACCAGAGAGGCCUAGAAAGAAACGAUAGCUGGGGUUCUUUUGACCUGAGGGCUGCUAUUGUAUAUCACACUAAAGAAAUGGAAUCUGUUUGGAAUUUGCAGAAGCAAGAUCCCAAAAGGAUAAUCACUUACAAUGAAGCCAUGGAUAGUCCAGAUCAAUGAAGGACCAGACUGCCUAUUUGUAACCUUUCUGCAGCAUUAGAGCCACCGUUCAUGGGGGACACAAGGCUUUUAUGCUCCUAGAUCUUCAACGCAGCAGAGGAACCAUAAGUAGAAUCACAGGAUAAUAUAUACAAAUAUAUAUAUAUACAUAUAUAUAUAUAGUUAUUUAAAAAAAGGCAACUGAAAGUAAUUAGACUUCUUAAGGAAUCAAAAUUUAUUUCAAGAGACUACACAUGGUUAUUUAAUCUCCGGUACUGAAUAGUUUUGUUUUUUUUUUCUUUUUUCUUUUGUUAGUUUUUGUUUUUAAGUGUGAAUGCAAGUGAUUAAUGAAUACAGACUUAAUACCAAGCGUGGUUCUAAAGUUCCUGCUGUCAUCAACUUGGGCAACAAAUGACCCACUGGAAAGGCAAAUCUACUUAAAAGAUCUCUGUAUCUUGUUCUGUGACUAAAGUGAUACACUAAUCACGGGGAACCCAGAAUGAUUCAACAUUUCCCCCACUCCUCCCUUGAUCUUUUGGUUAUACUUUGAGCCCUGCGAGAAUGCUGGAUAAAUGCCUUGAAGUUUGCAGGGUGUAUUUUUUUUAGCGAAUAUGAUUUGCAUGUCUUGCCAGGAGUUAAGCAGCCUGUGUGGGGUGUUGGGGAAAUUUUUCUUUCUUUCUUUUUUUUUUUUUUUUGGCGGGAUGGGGAUUAGGGGAGGGCAUUGAAGUUCUAUUAAUUCUGGAAUAGUUGGUACAUAGUUCACUUGGCUUUGGUUACAUAUUGGACUUUAACAAGUGAAGAAUCAAUCAAUGAGUCAUUUAAAGAAAAGUUACAGAACAAACAAUUGGCUUUAGAUAUUUAAUAUGGAAAAAUAUUCCUUUGCCCAUAUUUUAAUGUAAUUGUAUAAGUGGGAGCAAAAAUAUACUCUGCUUUUCAACUGUAGGUGCUCCAGACUUGCUCUCUGUCACUAACACUAAAUGUGCUGUUUUCCUUGUUUUUCAUUGAACAUCUAAAGAGAAACUUCUGUACCUUUCUGUAAAUUCUCUUUUAAUUUCUCAGAAAUAUCUAAAAGGGGAAGAAAAAAUUCCAUGAAAACUAGAAAACUUUUCAUGUUUUUAGCCAGUGAGGAGAUGAUAAACCCUGCCUAUAGAAGGUGUGUUUCCAUGCAAACUUCUGAGCUUAUUAGCUUCUAAUUAUAUCUUAAUAAAUAUAUUUUAUUACUAGAGCAAAAUGGGUUUUUUAAGGAAAAUAAUGUGAAAUUCUGGAAAUUUUCUUUUGGGCAGAGAAGAGCAUUAGCCCUGUCUUAUCAUCACAUUGCCAUCCUGUUGCACUGCAGCUUGUAUAUAGCAUGCUAAAAUAAAUUUUUUUGUGUGUGUGCAGAAACUAAGGGUCCAAUUUAAGAUUGGGUGAUGUUAGUGGCAUAAAAACAAGUUCUCUGGCCUGAUGUAGCAUCACAUCACACACACACAGAAAUUAGUAUAUCCAUGUAUGUCAAAUACAGGUUAAAAUAGCAGGGCAUUUAUAUAGAGAGAGGUGUAGUCUUCUAAUAAAAGUAGUCUGGAUCCCCUGGGGUGUUUGGGGGAGAAGGUAACUACUUUUGCUCCAAACCUUUUAAGAAAUGUCCAGUUUUGAGCGACUGUAGUAUGGAUGAGUUUUCUUGUUUUGUUGAUUAUUUGAGACUUUUAACAAGUAGUUUGUGAAAGAAGCUUGUUGGACUCAACUUAGAGAAAAUAUCUUUAGUCUGGAUUUCUGCCCUGCUUAGAUUUUAAAAGUAUAAGCAUGGAUUGCCAAUUCCACUUGAUGUAAACAAAACUUUUUAUACAUAAUAUAUAUAUAUAAUAACUUAUUGUAUCAGUCCAGGUUCAGAAACUUGUGGUAGGCCAGUUCCAGAUAGUUUCAUUUCACCUGUAAACUGUAUCACUUUUACUGAUAUUGUAAUUUUCAAAUGUAUAAUAUGUUUACAGAUGUGCCCUGCAUUUAGUCUGCCUUGUUCCUAUUUUGAUUUUUGUUGAGUCUCCUGCCUGCUUGCCAAAAGCUAGGAUGCUUCAGGCCCAUGUACAAUUGAAAGCAGAGGCAUCCUUGAGCUUUAAAGCAUUGAACAAACUGGAAAAUGCAACAUACCACAUAAUGAAGUGAAAGAAGUCUGUGUUUUUGUGUUUUUUUUUUUUAAAUAAAAAUUUUCAAAAAGUUUAAAAAAAAGAUAUAAGGUUGAUUAAAAGACAAAAAAAGACUCCAGUUUGUUUUAUAGGUUUUAAAGUUCUGCUGUGUGUUCAAUUGCCUUGUGUAACCACUUGUCGCCUUAGGGCCAGAUUCCCUCCCAACCCCCCCCCCCCCCACACCCUUCUUUUUUUAAACGUCCAUUUUGCUUGCCUGGAAUUUAAAAGCUCUUCUGUCUCACAACUCACAAGAAACUUUCUGGGUUUGUGACAUAGAGGUUGAAUGAAUAUAUAUUUAAAAACAAAACAAAACAGCCCCCGUCUGAAUUGGGCUUCUUAAUUUAGAGGCAACACUUACUUAAAAAAUACCUUUAGAAAUCUCUUGUUGCUUUUCUACUUCCCUUCCUGUAGCCCUCAGGCCUCCCAUGUUUAGAGAAGCCAAAAAGAGAAUGUAUCCCUUAUCUGUUUGUCCAAAGGUUUUUGAGUCUCACUUCUGAAUGAAACAAUGCAACAUUUCACCCUGAUUUUCUCCACUGAAAUUUCCUUGAUUAUAUGGUUAGAGGUAUAUAGUUAGGAAUGUCUCUUUCUGGGAACCCUAGUGCCCCAUCAUAUUGUCAGUAUUUUUGGGCAUUGGGUUAAUGGACUUAAUUGCCUAGGUACAAGCAGGACUUUGGGACAAAUCUCCUUUGUGCUGUUUGGUAACACUUAACUCUACUUGUUGCAAUCUUUCUCCUUAGGUCCUCACACAAUUCCUUACAGAGCACUUAUUAAAAAAAAAAAAUCUUAAGAGUUGAUCUGUUUUCUGAUUAUUUUUGUGUAAGCUUCUAAACAAACUUCAGCUGUGAUUAAUUUAGCACAUUUAAAUAACAUUAAUGUAGGGACGCCUGGGUGGCUCAUAAAUAACAUUAAUGUGUUAUGUUUGGUAUAAAGAAUUUUCCUUCAACUCAGAGUAUUAGUACUGUAGCAUAAACCAAAUACAGUCUAGAGGGGAUUUUUCACAUCCCUCCAUUAUAAAGACUGAAAAAGGAGUGUGUGUGUGUGUGUAUGUAUGUGUAUGCAUGUGCGUAUGCAUGUGCGUGUGUGUGAGGGACAGUUGGAGAUAGUAAAAAUUAGUAAAUGAAUGUGUGUAAGACAUUAUAUUAGUAUUCAGAGAAUGAACUUGUAUUUAUUUUGUGCCAUUUGUUUUCAUUACACAGAAUUUAAAAGUCAGGUGGUUUUAAUCCUAAAAAGGGUAGUAGUUGAAAAAUGGCACUAAGAAUGAAAUCAUGACCUAUUUUUUUAAUAGCUAUGAAGAUACUAAUUAUGGGUGAAGAUUUCUUUUUAAAUCUGUCUUGAUUGUAGGCUUUUGUGUCACAUACCACUCUCUUGUAGAUGUCUUGAAUAAUUCCCCUUCCCCACAAAAGACAGGGUUGUAUUUAUCUUUCUCUUUAUUCACCCCCACUUUGCUGAACUGAAGUUAAUUGCAUAGCCUUGCCUCUGACUUUCUUAGUAAUGAACUUUCACAUAAAGUAUAUUUACAGCAUCUGUAGUUAGCCCUUCCUCCUCCUUUCUGGGAGGGGAUAGACAAUAAUUAGGAAAUUUAAUGCCAGUUUGUUUUUUCUUGGAAUAAAUGGCUGGAGAAGUCCUCUCCAUUGUAGAAUUUGGCUGUUGCCCAUAGUCCUCUGCUUACAUAGUCAUUCAGAAUCUGCAAAAACUUUAUAAAGGAAAAGUGCUGCAUUGGUUUUUCAAAUAACAGUUUCUAGGGAAAAUCUGGCAAACCUCAGUUAGGAGUAUUGUCCACAGUACAAGAAUGCGUUUUUUCACAAAGCAUUACAUAGUGGUAGUUUCAUACUUGGUUGUUAAUCUUGUGACUAACCCAGUUGGAAGCGACUAAUGGUUUAUCUUUUAAUGAAAACUUUAAAACACAAGCCAUUUAGUGUGAGAUUUUAUGUCCUACCCAGUGGCCCCAGGGCAAGGAAAACUGGAAGAGGACUUUGAUUUUAAAUUCUAAGUAAGGAGAGAGUCAUUCUGUCAAGAGACAAAAAGGUAAAUAAGAGUCCCCGUUGCCAAGGAUUGUGAGUAUAGUUUAUGCCACUCACUGGGCCACAUCCUCAGCACAUGAUCCUCGUAUACCUAUGCUAACUGCACAACAGACAGACUGUAGCAGGACAGGUACAUAUUAUGAAUAAUUAUUAUGAUCCAGUCUGUCGAUGUACUAGUUGAAUUCGGUUCUGAUUGGGCCGUGUCCUUUCACAGUCCUGCCCAUAACUGCUGGGUUUUGAAAGGGUAGGAUUUGCUCCUGUUUUCCCCCCCAAAUGGAGAGGGGCAGAGGAUAAGGCUAAGAGCAUGUACGAUAGCUGCUCGAGGUCUGCAGAUACAUAGGUUAUCAUUAGUUCUUAAUGCUGAUGUUAUUUUAAUCAGUGUGACUAAUCAGAGCACCAGGAUUAUUUUAUGGCGAGAAAGAUGGGCUUAUAAAAAGGUGUUUCUUUUUAACUACACUUCAGUGUGUUCAGUUGUGUGAGAGCCAGGACCACCCUGGGUUGGCUUAAAGAAUGAUAAAUCAUUGGCUCCCCUCAGAUGCACUGCUUUACAGAGUUUUAAAUUUCGCACUGUUUUUGCUAUUCCAUACGAAUAAAUAGAAUUUUAAGUUGUCUGCCUAAUUAAUAGAAACCCCCAGGGCAACAUGAGCGGUCUGUUGCUUCUGCAUUACUGGGAGUGUCCAGUAGCGGUUAUGGGCAGGACACCUAUCGGACAGCCAUCCUCGUGUGUGAUGGGAUUGCUGGUUCAGACUUCUCUGUUUAUCCAGUUUUGCUUAUGUCCAGAGUUCUAAAGCCAUUGUAUAAUACUGCAGUAUCCCUUUUCAACAGCCUUACUAAAAUAGUUACAAACAUAUUCCAAUGCAGUAUCCCUUUUCUACAGCCUUAUUAAAAUAGAUACAAACAUUUUCCAGUUCAGUUUCACUUUUAUUAUAUAUCAAAGUUCCACUCUACAGACCAAGAAACUAACUUGAGGUAAAUUAUAUAGCUUUCCAUAUAUCCUUGUUUCCUCAGGUGCUAAACAAAGGCUCCAAAAAAUGGAUACUGCUUUAGUAAUGUCUUUUAUUUGUAAACAUUUCUUCCGCUACAUGUGAAGAUUUGGUGUUAACAAAAAUUGUUUUAAUAUGUAAAUAUGAAUGAAUGCCUUUAGUUUGCCCUUGUUUGUCAUAUUAGUCUGUUUCAUUUAUUGCCUGUAGAGGAGGAUCCUUUCAUAAUCUUGAAUACAUUUCAUUAGGAAUCGUUGCAUUUUUAGAGUGAAAAUACAACUGUUUUCUGUCUUGGAUUAAUCCUGCUGCUGCUAUGAGAAACUGAAAAUCAAGAAUGUGAUGCACUUUUUACAUUACUAUAUACCAUACCUUUCUAAGUUGCUUUGAAUACCUUUCCUGUAGCACAGCCACUAACACAAGUGAAUGAAUUUAAACAUUUUCUUCAGGAGGGAAUCAGUACAAAUAACUAUUUAUGGUAUUGGCCUAUGAAGGGCAAUAACUUAGGAAAAUAAAAAUUCUGUUAGUAUUAACGCUUUUUGGCCUUAAAAUGUCUUCUACUACUGAAAACCUUUUAAAUCUUAGUUUUGUUUCUAUUCCCCCCUCUCUCUGCCUCAAAAACAGGAUUUGGGAAGAAUGGCCUAAAAGAAGCUUCAUUGGUUUGUUGCAGAUUUAUCUUUUAGAAAGAAAACAAUUGUUUACUACAUAAGCUGGGGACUUAUUUUUUUUUUUGUAUACAGAGGAGAAAUAAUGCCAGCCCGAGCCAAUCAGAUUUCGUGUAAUCAAAUCCAUCAAAACUCAACUAUUCUGUUUCUCUAGUAUAUUUUUACUUAGCAAAGAUAAACUUAUGUAUAGUAGGAAUGCUACUUGACAAGAGGAAAAGUCCUUUCUCAAGCACAUACCCAAACGUGGAGGAGACUGAACCCAAAAUAAUGGAGGACGAAACACCAAAUGGGGUGGAGGCAUAUGAGAAAGAUAUUGUGGUCCAAAGCUACCGGGUUAUAUUUUGAUGUUGCCAAUAUUGCCAAGCCAAAAUUUUAAUUUGCUUAUUUAAUAUAUUUGUUGGCCAGAGAUCUAUUUUUAUAUCAAUGUGCCUUGCAUGUAUAUUAAAAAAGUUUGGAAGGGCCAUGUAGUAAAUAAUGCCUGAGAUAGUUGAUGGUUCUUACCACCUCACUAAUUUUUAUGCAGUAUGAAAUGCUCAUUCUAUCGCCCAACUGGUGCUCUCUGUUUAAAGUUGUAGAUCUUGUCACAAACUGGAACUAUUUUAUAAACUGGGGAAGUGAUUUAAUUUACUUUUUUUUUUGUUGUUUCUUUUUUUGUUCUUUAUCUGUUAGUGGCUGUUCUUAGUGGGAAGUAGUGAAAGGAUUCUUCACUCCCUUUCCCUAUCCCCUCCCCAGCACCUUCUUCAAGUAAUGUGAUGACACCAUUUCUUGUGUGCUUUGAAAAAAGUUUCAGCUUGCUGUCUCCUUUAGUGUUAUAAAAAAGUGUUAUAAAAAGCAUUGUUUGCAAAAUCUAGGGAGAUAAUGGAGUCCACUUUAAUUUGGAAUUCUGUGUGAGCUAUGAUCCAAGUUACUGGCUCUUUCCAACUUACAAAUUUUUAUUGUUAAAGCACCUUGGGUUAGAAAAUUUUAAAUAUUUAUGUCUGCAACAAUUGUCUCAAAAAAAUGAACUGUGCAAUUCUUGUCAUUAAAAAAAAAAAAAAAAAAAAGAUCUGAACUCUCCCUAAUGUGACUUGUUAGUUUCUCUGUAUUUCCUGCCAGUGUAAAUGUGAAAAGCUUUGCUUGCAUUACGUUUUAGAAAUGCAUUUUGCACACUCGAAUUCUGCUGAAGCUCCAUGAAAAGGUUAGAUCUAAGUAGAUGAAUAAAGCUAUGCACAUGUUUUGAAAGUUUAA